CUGCGCGGCGUCGGGCCAUACGCGUUCUUGCUCAGCCACGAACAAGCUUCGUGGGCGGUUCUAAAAAUCCAUCUGAUAUCUGCUAUUACGGGCAAUUAAGAGAUCGUUUUUCUCGAGCGAAAAUCGGGCGAAGAGAAAAAAAACUGAGGUCAUAAGAGGCUGUUCCAACAUUGUUAUUGGACUGCUGAGACUUGUAAUAACAGUUACCUGGAUACGGGUUACAUGUACUCAGACAUCGGUUUAGCAAACCGACUAACCUAAGCUAUCACAUGACUGUGAUUUGUCGCCUUUGCCGGGGUGAUUGAUGGGGUGAUGCUAGCGCGCCCCUUAGGUACGAGUUUAGUGUAUGAGGUACUAAUUGAAGUACCAGUGUACCAAAAACUUCCAGCGCUCCCAGACAACCAAGCGUCUCGGAUACAACUUUAGCCUUCGCAACUUUCCCAAUUUCUAACUUCCGGCCUCCCUCCAACCUCUCUUUGCUUCUCUCAUUCCCAACUUCCUUUGCCACACCCAUAUCAUCAAACCAAUACCAACUCUCAUCAUCCGCGACAAAAAUACUAUCCGUAUCGUAUUUAUUCCGGCGCCGCUUUCGACCAACAUUCGCUUCCUUAUUGACAAACCUAACCCGACCGUGUUUUAUCACCACUCGCCAAAAUGUCGAACGAAGCUCCCUAUGAUCCUUACAUCCCCAGCGGCCAGGCCGCACCUCAGCAGGGCGGCAACAAUCGAACGCAGGCGUUACAAGCUCAAAUCGACGACACCGUCGGUGUUAUGCGAGAGAACAUCAACAAGGUCUCCCAACGUGGCGAGCGUCUCGAUGCCCUGCAAGAUAAGACCGACAACCUAGCCGUCUCUGCCCAGGGCUUCCGCCGCGGUGCCAACAGAGUCCGCAAGCAGAUGUGGUGGAAGGAUAUGAAGAUGAGGAUGUGCCUGAUUGCCGGUAUCAUCAUCCUAAUUCUAGUUAUUGUCGUCCCUUCCGUCCUCGCAAGUCAGGGCAAGGUCUAAUUUAAUUCCACUGUACAUCACUGGGUACAUCGGGUGCUAAUCGACUUGAUGGCAUGAAUGACGGGUUGAAUCUCGCAGGCUACGAGCAGCAGUAGACGCACAUUGGCGACACCGAACAUGAAAAAAUCUUCGGAAUCGCUAGCACAGAGAGGAGUUUGUCUUUGAUUUGGCCGGUCUU